GCUCGCAUAUCCCUGUGGCUGCAGAAGUGCUCGGGAUCCAGCGUCGCCCGCUCUCCGCCGGCCCGAGAGGGUCUCCUGCGGCGUCUGUCGCGCUGUAACCUAUCUUGGGAGUCGUAGGGAGAACUCAGGAAGACCCAGGAAACCUAGAAAUGGACUCGGUGGCCUUUGAGGAUGUGGCUGUGAACUUCAGCCUGGAGGAGUGGGCUUUACUGGAUUCUCCACAGAAGAAGCUCUACAGAGAUGUGAUGCAGGAAACCUUCAGGAACCUGGCCUCAGUCAGAAAGAAAUGGGAAGAUCAUGGCAUUGAAGAUCAGUACAAGCGUCAGGGGAGAAGACAAAGAAAUCCAAUGUUAGAGAGACUGUGUGGAGGGAAAAGAAGUAGUCAAUGUGGGGAAAACGUCAGCCUUUUUCCAGAUCUCCGUCUGCAGAAGAAAACUCUUCUGGGAGGAAAACUGUGGGAACACUGCAUGUGUGGGAAAGCCAUCUUGCACCAGUCAUCCCAUAAUGGGCCCGUCAGAUGUCACCCAGGACGCACACUGUGUGAUUAUCAAAGUUACAGAGACAAACUAUGUAAUUAUGAUGCAUUUGGGAGAGCCUCCAGUUAUCUCCAGUGUGUUGACAAACAUGAAAGAAAUCACAAUGGAGAAAAGGCCUAUAAAUGUAAGGAAUGUGAGAAAACCUUUAGUUCUUCAAAUUCACUUCAAAUACAUGAAAGGUCCCACACUGGAGAAAAACCAUAUAAAUGUAAAGAAUGUAGCAAAGCAUUUAGUUGUCUCAGUUCUCUUCGACGUCAUGAAAAAGUCCACACUGGAGAGAAACCCUAUGAAUGUAAGGAGUGUGGAAAAACAUUCAGGUAUUAUCAAAACUAUCGAAGACAUGAAAGUAAGUUUACUGGAGAGAAGCCCUAUGAAUGUAAAGAGUGUGGAAGAGCCUUCAUAUGUUAUCAGAGUUUUAGAAGGCAUGAAAGAAAUCACAGAGAAGUGAAGCCAUAUGUAUGUAAGCAGUGUGGUAAAACAUUUAGUUGUCUUCGUUAUCUUCGAAAGCAUGAGAGAAAUCACACUGGAAAGAAACCUUAUGAAUGUAAGAACUGUAGUAAAGCAUUUAGGUAUCCCAGUGAUCUUCAAAAACACGAAAGAAAUCACACUGGAGAGAAGCCCUUUGUAUGUCUGGAGUGUGGGAAAGCCUACAGAGAUCCCAGUUCCUUACAAACGCAUCAAAGAACUCAUAUUGGAGAGAAACCUUAUGAAUGCAAAGAAUGUGGGAAAGCUUUCAGUUCUCAUCAAUGUGUCCAAAUACAUGAAAGAAAUCACACUGGAGAGAAACCCUAUGAAUGUAAAAUAUGUAGCAAAACAUUUGGUUAUCCCAGUUCUCUUCGAUACCACAAAAGGACGCACACUGGGGAGAAAUCCUAUGAAUGUAAGGAAUGUGGAAAAGCCUAUAGAUACCUCAGUUCCUUAAGAAUACACCAAAGGAUUCAUACUGGAGAGAAACCUUAUGAAUGUAAGGAGUGUGGAAAAUCCUACAGAUGUUAUCAAAGUUUCCAAACACAUGAAAGUAAUCACACUGGGGAGAAGCCAUAUGUAUGUAAAAAAUGUAGUAAAGCAUUUAGUUGUCUCCAUUAUCUUAGAAAACAUGAAAUAAACCACACUGGAAAGAAACCCUAUAAAUGUAAGAACUGCAAUAAGGCAUUUAGGUAUCCCAGUGACCUUCAGAAACAUGAAAGAAAUCACACCGGAGAGAAGCCCUUUGAAUGUAAGGAGUGUGGGAAAGCCUACAGAGAUCUCAGUUCCUUGCAAACACAUGAAAAAACUCACACUGCAGACAAACCCUAUGAAUGUAAGGAAUGUGGGAAAGCCUUCAGGUGGUAUAGAAAUUUCCAAACACAUGAGAGAACUCACACUGGAGAGAAGCCGUGUGUGUGUAAAAUGUGUGGUAAAGCCUUCACUUGUCUCCGUUAUCUUAGAAAACAUGAAAGAACUCACACUGGAGAGGACCCCCUAUGUAAGCAAUUUGCCAAAGCCUUCAUUUAUCACACAACCUUUCAAAAUGUGAAAGCGCACACUGGAGAAAAACCAUAUUAAUGUGCAGAAUUUGGGAAAGGCUUCACUUUUCCCAGUUCCUUUCAAAAGCAUAAAAGGACUCACUGGAUUAAAAGCUCUAGAAUGUAAACAGUUUGAGAAAAGAUUUGAAUUGGGCCACACUCUUGCACGUGAAAGUUUCCUCUAAAAAAGCAAUUAAAAUGUAAGUAACAUGAGAAAGCUUGAUAGAAAUUAACCCACAUAUAAUGUGCCAGAAAGUUUUCGAUGUGAAAAAAGAGUUCUCAUUAAUGCUGUAAAUAUAUCAUGUUUACUGCACCUUGUUCUUUACUUCGUCAUUGGACUGUGGGUUUCUAGUGAUGACUUUCAGAAAUGAAUACUCAUAGAGAUGAUAAAGAGAAUCCGUCAACAAUAGUAUGUGAAAUUAAUAGUAGUGCUUUUUUCUUAAUACACUUAAUAUUUUCUAUCUUGAAGCCUCUUAUUAAUAGAUACAUGGAUGAAUUUAAGUCUGGUUUUUAUAUGCAGUUAGGUUAAACAUCUUUCUAUGACAUUUUGUUUUGUUUUAUGGGGCCACUGAAAAAUGACAGUUUGGUGUCAGGGUUUUCCUCAUGGCCUGACCACCCUAUAUAUCACUAGCCCAUUAGACACAUUCUACUUUUCCCUCUGACGAAGCUCCUCUUUUUGGCAUGGUAAGUGUAGGAGCCUUUUUCUGUUUUCCAUACUGAUAAUUUCACAUAUCACAAGUUUAGGAAAGAAUAUAGUUAUAUGUGAAUUACUUUAAUAUUUGGACCUUUGCUUUCUUUGGACUGAUGUUUAGUGAGUACACUUUGAAUUAAGAACAGGGACCUGUGAUAGAGGAGCAAAAUCAAGAGCUGAAGAUUUUCCCUUUUACUGGGUAAUGGUAGGACCUUGAUUUUUCGAGACUGCAGCUCCUUUAUGGUCUGCGUUAAAAUUCCUUAGUAGCCUCACUUGCCUCAGGUUUGGAAAGCAAAGACGAAGAAGGCAAAUAUUCCCACAAACAGGCAUAGGAGCUUCAAGGACAAAGUCUUCUUGCCUGUUACUUGGAUUUUUUGACCUUCCAAUCAAGACCAUCCUCAAAACCACCACCAACUGCCUGAUACCCAUUUUCUGAGAUGCGUGGUUUUCUACUGAUGGCUUCACAACAAAGGCGCAUCAGAGUUUGGAUGUUUCUGUAAGCCAUGUUGUGUCCACCAGGAUACUGAUUCAUACUUCUUGCUCAUGUCUGAUUCCCCUCUUCUCUAGAUUAUAUCUGUGUAAGAUCUAAUUUGUAGAGGAAACACCUUAUGCACUUAACAGUGAUAGCAAGUGUUUUUUUUUAUUCAAUGUGUUUUCAGUCAUGUUCGAUUGUAUGCAAUUAAAAGUAUGUGUAUUGUCAAAUGAACACUUCUGCACUUAUUAACUGUUUUCUAAGCCCUUGUAUGCUGACAUAUACUGUGUUUUUUAUUUCCUGAGAAGGUAUAUUAAAAUGUUUCCUAAUAAUUAUG